AUGAAGGCAAAGAAAUUCGAUCCUGUAAUGUUUCCAAUUUAUUUCAAGGCAGCGAAGGCAUAUCGUGUUUUCGAAUUUGAGGUCCUAAUGGCACAGUUGAGCUUAAUUGAUCCCCGUGCACAGAGUUAUCUACUUGAGGCUGGUUUUGCUAAAUGGUCUCGUGCACAUUUUCCUGGUCGGAGGUACAAUAUACUAACUACAAACAUUGCAGAUAGUAUGAAUGCUGUUCUUAGAGAAGCCCGCCACCUUCCUAUAACAAUGUUGGUUGAGCACUUGAGGGAUUUGCUUCAGAGAUGGUUUUAUGAGCGACGUACCGAAGCAGCAUCUCUGAAUUCUAUACUCUGCAAGGAGGUAGACAAACAUAUACGGAAGCGGAUUGAUAGGUCUCGUAGGAUGGAUGUUACACCAAUAUCACAUAUUGAAUAUUACGUUCGUGAUGGAUGCGUUGGUAUUGAGCACCAGCGCGUUGAAAACGAUAUAAGAGUAUUAUUACCACCUAAAGUGAAAAGACCAUGUGGUAGGCCUAAACAACAAAGAAUACCUUCCCAAGGUGAAACUGUGAUUAUCAGACACUGUGGUCGAUGUAAGAAAAGUGGCCAUAAUCGUCAAACUUGUAAGGAACCAAUAGCGUUGCAUCCAAGAACUGAAUGA